UAUAAUAAUUAUAGAAAUAGAUUAUAAUAAAAAUGAGGUCUUGGGGACACUUUGUUGGACUGCUCGGACCAAAAUUCUGGCACAUCUACAGAAGAGAAGGACUUGUCAGGACUUUGCUCAGAGCCAAACCUUACAAAUAUUCGCACGAAAAGGCUGGAUGGAAAGAAGUCGUCAGACUUGUCGGAAGUGAUGAGUUUGGAAAUCGCUAUUAUGAAGAUUUUGACCAUCAUAAUUUCAAUAAUAGAAGAUGGGUUGAAUAUGCUGAUUACGGGCAUUGGCACGUCACUCCAAAGAAAAUCGCUCCUGGAUGGCACGGUUGGAUGCAUUAUGUUUAUGAUGAUCCCCCAAAGAAAGAGAAUUUUGUCAAACCUUACUGGCGAAGUCAUAGACAAGUUGUAUUCAAGACAGACCACCCAACCAUUGCUUAUAAAAAUCCAGGCCAUGUGCAAAAUCCGCAUAAGAAAACUUAUGAUAAAAUGGCUUAUGAAAGAAACUUCAGAUAUUGGGACCCUGAUAACAAACCAAGAAGAGGAAGAGUUAGCUCUCUUGUAUAAUU